AGUAAAUUAAGCCCCGACCAGGACUGUAGGCGAACGAACGGGCGAGUGCUUCAAUCAGCACCACGGGGAGCCAGACCUAGCCUUUAGGCUAGGAUGCAUCUGCUUGGCCAGCGACAAGUCCCUCCUGCCUCUGCACUCGUGUAGGCUCCGCUGCCACGCAGCCCGGAGGAUGCCGCCUUCAUCCUUUUCGCUCGGCGCGGCAGUCGCUCGGCCUCGCACCCCUUUCCAGUGACGGGUGCCACGCUGCGCUGCCACCUUCGCCCAGGCUCUCCGGCAGCGCUCGGCCUCUCCUCCCUCUCCCGCGGGGACGAUGGAGCCGCUGAGACGCUCCGCGGGGCUCGGGCCCGUCUGAGACCCGGGCAGGGCCGGCCCUAGGAGCCCCGGACCGGGACCGGGACCGGGACCGGGACCAGGGCAGCCGCCGGCGGCCGGCGCGCCCAGAAAGGAAAAAGAAAAGGGAAUCACAAGAUUGUAAACUGUUCACAGCAGUGAAGAUAAUUGUCGUGUGUGGACACUAUUACAGAGACUGAACAUACUAGAUGAUACAGUCACCAAACAGUCAUAAUUGAUUUAAUAGGACGAGAAUAUGGAUUUAGGAUUCAAAGACCGUAACAACAGGACACUUGCCAAGAACACUUCUGCUACUACAAAGAGUUUUUCUGCCUGGGAGGAUUAUAAGAGUAGUGUUGAUGACAUACAGUACUUUCUUAUUGGGCUGUACACAUUUAUAAGUCUGGCCGGCUUUAUGGGAAAUCUGUUUAUACUAAUGGCUUUGAUGAAACGCCAGCAGAAGACAACAGUAAAUAUUCUUAUUGGUAACUUGGCCUUUUCUGACAUCUUGGUUGUGCUGUUUUGUUCACCUUUCACACUGACGUCUGUCCUGCUUGACCAGUGGAUGUUUGGCACUCUUAUGUGCCACGUAAUGCCCUUCCUCCAAUGUGCAUCCGUUCUAGUUUCCACUUUAAUGUUGAUGUCUAUCGCUGUAGUCCGAUACUGUAUGAUAAAACAUCCCCUUUCUAACAAUUUAACAGCAAAACAAGGCUAUAUCUUAAUAGCAAACAUUUGGGCCCUUGGCUGUGCCAUUUGCUCCCCUCUGCCAAUUUUCCACAAAGUUGUAGAUCUCAGUGAAACUCUGAAUUUAGAGGCACUAGCAGGCAGGUUUUUGUGCAUUGAGUCAUGGCCUUCUGAUUCCUACAGAAUUGCCUUCACAAUAGCCUUGUUAUUCAUGCAAUAUAUAUUGCCUUUGGUAUGUUUAACUGCUAGCCAUACCAGCGUCUGCAGGAGCAUAGGGUCCAGGCUGUCAAACAUGGAAAACAAAUCUGAAGAAAAUGAGAUGAUAAACCUAACCAUUCAUCCAUCUAAGAGCACUGGCACUCAGGUGCAGCCCUCCAGCCAUUCCAGAUGGAGUUAUGCAUUUACCAGAAAGCACCACAGAAGAUACAGCAAAAAGACUUCGAGUGUGAUGCCAGCUACCUUAAGGCAUCAUCAGGAUACCAAUUUCAGAGAACUCCCAGAAAGCUCUUGCACAGAAAAAAGCCAGCUGUCUUCGUCCAGUAAGUUCAUCCCAGGGGUACCUAUCUGUUUUGAGAUGAAACCAAAAGAAAAUGCGGAGAUCCAGGACGUGAUUACAAUAUCCCGAUCCAUCAUCAGAAUUAAGACAAGAUCUAGGAGAGUUUUCUGCAGACUGACAGUGUUGAUCUUAGCUUUUGCUUUCAGUUGGAUGCCUCUUCACCUUUUUCACAUUGUAACUGAUUUUAAUGCCAAUCUCAUUUCUAAUAGACAUUUUAAAUUAGUAUAUUGUAUAUGUCAUUUACUGGGUAUGAUGUCCUGCUGCUUGAAUCCCAUCCUAUAUGGGUUUCUAAACAACAGCAUAAAAGCUGAUUUAUUGUCCCUUAUUCCAUGCAGCCAAAUAUCAUGAUUUCAUGAGCCUCAGUGUAAAAUAAAAUGAACAAAAAAUACUUAGGCUUUCAAGUACACAAAUGUGUAUAACUUUACAAACUAAAUUAGUAUAGUUUAGUUAGUCUGACUUGAUUGUAAUUAGUAGCAUCUCAAGUGAAUGGUUAGUUCUAAGGUUGCAUGUAUGUCUUGCACUGAGCAGAAAUAUGUAUCUAUAUUGUAAUAUUCUUCUAUCUGUCCUCCAUAGGAAAUCAUGCCCACAGUACAAAGCUGGAAUAUCAUUUUCAUUGCCUCAAGUAUUGUUAAACUGUACUUUAGAAAUGCACAGACUGUAUAAUGAGUAGAAAAUGUAAGACUAACUCAGACAUAUCAGUAUUAACUAUUGUAAGAAUAUAAUAAAAUAUGUAUCUUUCAUUAAAAA